GUGUUUGGACCGAUAGGCUGUGGCCAACGCUUGUGGCAGAGUCAGCAUCUCUCAUGUCCGGGUUGCCUUUGCGCAGACGAGCCGAGUACGUCGCAGGCUUCACACAGGCGGAGAUCACUCGCACACUCAACAACGCGAGACGGAACGGCCUAUCGCCGUCCCGCUACUUCAUACGGUCCUGCGACACACGGCAGUCGAGAUAGCGUGUCGACCCCAUCAUGGCAACGCUCGCCCACCAAGCCGCCCCUAUGCCUUCCCAACUGCCAAGUGAGGCGCGUAACUCGCCAGCAUCCAUGGACUAUUCGCAAUCGGACGGCUCAACCCCUGCCCCACCACCACCGCCAGCUGCUGCCCCUGCGCCCGCAAAGACGAAUUCGAAGAAGGGCAAGAAAGGCACUAACAAUGCGGCUCCGGACUCGACAGACACGCACAAGCAGCUACUCUCAAAGAUCUCACAGCUUGAGGCAUCGACUACGGAGAAUGCUGCCGAGAACGCCGAGAUUGAGGCUGAAGUCAAGAAGGCCAAUAGGGAGCUGACGAAUAUGCUGAACACGCUCGAACCGCACAAUAGCAAGCUAGACGCACUUCACAGAAGGUACACGGAGCUGUUGGGUGAUAUGAAGAAAGUGGAACGCGAACACAUGAAGGCGAAGAAGCGCGGCGAUCAGCUGCAGAAGGAGAAGGAGGAGGUGAGCAAAGAACGGACGAGAGAGAAAGGCCUGAAGGAGAAGCUGGAGAAGCUGAGUCGAGAGCUCACGCGCGAGAAUAAGAAGUUGAAGGAGGAUCUCCGAGAGCUACGAGAGGCAAGUGUAGAUCGUAACGAAGAGCUUCAAAAACGGCUGGAAGGCCUCGUGCUUGACGUAGAGGAAGUUGUGGCGCCACGGCAGGCUGCGCAGCUGCACCAGCAGAGCGGACAGGAGCUGGAACACGACAAACUCUUUCGAGAGAAGUUUACAAGCUUUCUGCACCAGUACGAGCUGCGGGAGUUGCAAUUCCAGUCACUCCUGCGGACGAAGGACCUUGAGAUUGCAUACCAGACGGCACGCCAUGACCAGCUCAAAAAGGCGCAGGAAAGCGAAUUGAGCAAGAGUCACCAGCUUACCCGGCAAGUUAGCACCUUCAGCCAGACGGAGAACGAGCUCAGAGGUCAGCUCAACGUCUACGUGGAAAAGUUUAAGCAGGUAGAAGACACGUUGAAUAACAGCAACGACCUCUUCCUCACGUUCCGCAAAGAGAUGGAAGAGAUGUCCAAGAAGACCAAGCGCCUCGAGAAGGAAAACCUCAACUUGACCCGCAAGCAAGAAGCGACCAACAAGAACAUCUUUCAAAUGGCGGAGGAGCGAAGCCAAAGCCAGCAGACCAUCGACCGCCUCACGAGAGAGAACGAAAAACUCAAAAAGCUUUGCAGGGCUAUGCAGAGUGGUGGUUACGGAGGCGCAGGCGCAGCGGCUGCAGGUGGGCUACGACACGACGUCGAUGUGGGCGCGGAGUUCGAUGAGGAGGGUGAAGGCACUGAAAGCGAGUAUGAGGAUGACGAGGAGUACGACGAGGAUGACGAUGAAGUGUACGAUGAUGAGACGGAGGAGGAAGCAAUGGAUCCGCCUCCGCCUAAGACUUACGGACCGCCGCCCCCGCCACCACCGCAGGAUCUGCCGAAUGGAAAGCCAAAGGUCGGACAGCCGCCUUCACAGCAGAUGCCCAAUGGAACCGCGGUGGUGAAUGGGGGUCGGCAUUGAUGUACGCGAAAGUCAUACUGAAUCCUACCAUUCUUGCGAGAGAAAGUGGUUACAUGCCAUGUCUAUGCUGCUUCAGGUUAGUGCCGGCUUGGCAUUGCGCUCCUUCCGUUUCUGGCACAACUAUCCUCCAUCAUCCCCGGCUUCCUUCUC